AUGAAGGGAGAGUUUGAAGUACCGACAAACUUCGCUUCCUUGUUGGAGAAGGACGAUGAAUUUUUCGGAGAAGAAGGUAAAAAGAAUAACGGAAGAAGAGAAAAUUCGUAUCGCAUCGAGCGCGAGAGAGAUUUCGAGUUGGACGAGUCCAACGAAUCCGUCGAACGCGUGUGCUUCGAACUGACCGAAAACGAACCCACGCGCGUGCUCGACCAGGAAAUAUUCGAAGACGUGUACCAUUUGGUGCAAAACUUUCGAAGUUUACCGACGAUGUCGCGCGUGCGCGUGUUGGACAGUUUGUGCGCGAAUUUGAGCGUUUUGAGCGCCUCGAUAACCGCCUUGUGCGUCGGGAACGCGAGCGACGAGGAAGAGGAAGAGAUGGCACCGUUGAGGUCGGCUUUGAAAGCGUACUCAUUUUUUCUCGCGGAAGUUAUGCACACGAGCGAAGAAGAGGCGAAGGAGACGCAAGCGAUGGGGAUCGUGGAGAAGCAAGUUGGCGGCGCGAAGAAGAAGUCCAACUUGGCGAAGAAAGGGCAGCUGGUCGAGUGGAAGUGGGACGAGCAACGAGAACGCGCGACGCACGUCAUGAACGGUGCGCUGGACGUGGACUUGUAUCGCGUGUUCAGACCGAAACCGGUGGACCAGGCGUUUUGUCGGCUGUUUAUUAACGUCGCGACGGCGAGUUUGGAGAAUCCAACGUCGUUGAAAUCAAAGGUGACGAAACGCGCGACGUUUCAAAUGGUCGGGUCUGUUGCCAGUAAAUGGGGGGCGUUGGACGACGUCGUGACUGCGCUGUUGCACGUCUUGAAUAAGCACGACCAUUUAUCCACGGCGAUUGCGGAUUUGUGCGGAGAUGCGGCGGAUCGAUACGACGACGCGCGCUUGGCGGCGGCGAUAUUGAGAGAAGUUGGCGGCGUCGAUCCGAGAGAAUACAAGAGAAGGCAGUUGACCGAUGCGGCUGGGGUGAGAAAUGUCGGGAACUUUUUGGAAGAGAUUGCUAAUCGCAUGCCAAAGACGACGAUGCGGAACGUGUCUUUGUUGAUUGCGCAUUUGGACGGUGACGCGUAUUCGCUGCGAUCGGCGGUGGUGUCCGUUUUGGGACGGUUGUUAAUCGCGCACAAAGAUGUCGGCGCGGUGAACGAAGCGACGGUGGUGGACCAGUCCGCGCCGCUAUUGCGAGCGAAACAAGGCUUUUUGGACGCGUUGGUGGAGCGCGUGCACGACGUUUCCGCGUUUACUCGAGCGAGAGUUUUGAACACGUGGGCGCAAAUGGCUGAGCAAAAAGCGAUUCCGUUAUCGCACUGGUUAAUCGUGUGCGAUUUGGCCAUCGGGAGAUUGAACGAUAAAGGUGGUUUGGUGCGAAAAGCGGCGAUGAAUUUGAUCGGUACAAUGUUAGGAUUUAACCCGUUCGCGCCAGAGCUACCGACGGCGGCGUUCGCGGAAAGUUUGCGCGAGUACGAGGCCAAGUUGAAGGAGAUGGAACCGACGCCGGAACCGGAAGAAGAAGAAGAAGGCGAAGAAAAGAAAACCCCGGAACGUUUGGAAGGUAUCGAUGAAGAAGCCGAGGAGGAGGAAGGAAACGUCGGUGAUUCAGAGAACGUUGAUGCGAAAGGCACGGAUGGGGAAGAAGAGGAGAAAGAGGAAGCCGAAGAAGACGCCGCGCCGGCGAAAACGCCAGCCGAGAAAGUUCCCCCGCAACAACCACAGGAGGAAGACGAACACCUCGCUGGUGGUAUCGAAGCCGUGAGAACUAUGGUAGCUGCUUUGAAAACAGCGCUCGGGUUUUCCAUGCAACUCGCGCAGUCCGUACCAAUUUUUGUCGCUUUGUUGUCCUCGACGACGGCGACGGAUUGCGUCGAAGCCGCGCGCGUCUUGGUCAAGCUCAAGCAGUUCGGCGUCGACAACUCGACGGCUGCAGCGAGAUCUGUUUUGAAGCUCGUGUUUUCUCAAGAACCGCAUGUAAAGCAAGCGGCGAUUGAGGCGUGCGAUGAACUUUACCUCGCCUCGGACGGGCAAGGCCAAGGACCGCGAUUCGCCGCGGUGAAGUUGGCGAAUUUGGCGGGCACGUCCAAUCUCGGUGAGCUGGCCUCGCUCGAAGUAUGCCUUCGCGAGUUGGCCAGAGAUGGACGAUUAUCGCCAGAUGGUGCAAUCGUGCAAGCGUUGUGGGUCGAUGCCGCGGAUACGGAGAAAAAUUUCACGCGAAGAGCAGCCGCGUUGGACGCUUUGCGCAUGUGCAAAGACGACGCCAACGAGACGUCCGCACAGAUUCUUGCCAAACGCGCCGACGUCGUCUCGCAGUGUUUAUCGGACGCCAUGCUUGCUGCUGGUACAGAGAAGAUACACAGCGGUCGCGGUGCGGCCAUUUUGGCGCGUUCGGCGUGCGCGGCGUUGGCGCAGUGCCGCCCGACGGAAGCGGGGCCAUUUUCGUUAGACUCGGAAGUGUUCGUCGGUCUCGCGAGAGUGUUACACCCAAAAUCGCCUUUGAGUGGUAAAGCUUGGUUCCCGUGCGCUGAGCAAGCUUUGUUGGCGGUGUACGCGUUGCAUCCGGAUCCAGAAUCGUGGUGCGCGAAGCUGAUUAAGAGUCACGCCACGGCGACGUUUGGCGCGAAAUCGACGACGACUAAUAGCGACGACAACAACAAAGAAGCCACGGAGGAAGGAGCAGAAAAAGACGGCGGAGAAGAAGAGGAAGCAAACGUCAACGACUUCUCGAACGUUUCUGGAACGGCUUUGUCCCGCUUUCUUUGGAUGCUUGGCGAAUGUGCCGUGCGCCACUUGGUGUUUUGCGAACGUCUCGCGCGUACCGUACGCAGAGCGCGAAUCGGGAGAGACCGCGUUGCUCACGCGGCGGCAGAAUCUGCGGCGCAAAAAGACGACAACGGUGCUACCGGGGAAGAAGCGGCGUUAGCAGCGGCACUUGGCCAAGGUGCGGUGGCUGAAGAUGCCGCGUUGGAUAACGCGAGAGAGGACGCCGAGAAAGAACUUCUCGGUUUCUCAAAGAAAAACAAGAAGUGUUUCGGUGGCGUCAUCGCUGCGUACGCGCCGAUUGUCGUCCAACUUUGCGGGAACGAAAAAGUUGUGAAAGGCGCAUCGGUCGUCAGAGGUGCGGCUGUUGCGGCGCUUUCUCGACUGAUGGCGUUGGACAUGGACUUUUGCGAGACGCACUUGCCGCUGCUCUUCACGCGCGUCAAGGACGAACGCGACGUACACGCUCGAGCGGCGAUUACCGUCGCUCUCGGCGAUUUGGCGUUUCGAUUCCCGAACGCGUUGGAACCGUGGACGGAGCACUUGUACGGCACGAAAGAGUGGGGGAACGCGCUGCGAGAUCCGUCGUCGAAGGUUCGCCAGCACUCCGUCACGGUGCUCGCGCAUCUCGUGUUGAACGACAUGAUGAAAGUCAAAGGUCACAUCUCCGCCAUGGCGAGAUGUUUGGAAGACGAAGACCCGCGCGUUUCAUCUGUUGCGCGCUUGUUCUUUGCAGAACUCGCGAAAAAGCACGGCAACCCGAUCUACAACUUGUUGCCGGACCUUCUCUCGAGACUUUCCAGCGACGUGGAGAUUUCCGAGGAAGCGUUCGAGCGCAUCAUGCGCAGAUUGUGUGGAUUCAUCGACAAAGAGAAGCAAGCGGACGCGUUGGCGGACAAAUUGGUCCAGCGAUUCCCGGAAGCCUCGCGAGCGGGUUCUGCAAAACCGGCGCGAGACAUUUCGUUUUGCAUCUCUCAGCUCAAGACUUCCGAGAAGGCGUUCAAGAAGUUCACCGAGUCGUGGAAAAUGUACGAGGAGUGCCUGUACGACGCCAAGACGACGCAGAACUUCCAGUCGAUGUUUGCCAAGAUGAAACGCGUGGCAAAAUCGACCGAGUUCAAACAGUUCAUCGACGAGUUCGACGCGAAGAUGUCCGAAGCGCACGCCGAGAAGGCGGCAGCGUACAACGUCUCCGCCAGAGCCGAAGGGAAGGAAGAGGUCGAAGUCAUACGGGCGGAGAGCGAAGAGGAGGAAGAAGAAGCAGAAAUGCAAGAAGGCGAAGAGAAGAAGCCCGUCGUUGAGGAAGAAGGAGGAGGUAAAGGUGAGGACGUGGCACCGGAUGCUGCUCCAGCUGAAGACGAGACGGAACAGUCGGUCGAGAAAGAAAAAGAGGUCAAGGUGGAAGAGGAGGAAGAAGAAGACGACUUUAGCGAAGACGAAGAUGAGGAAGAGGAAGAAGAAGAAGAAGAGGAAGAGAACGACGAAAACGCUGGUAACGUCAACGUCGUCGAAGAGGAAGAAGUAAAGCCCGCCACAAAAGCGCGCGCUUCUGGUCGAUCCUCUCGUUCUCGAGCGACUAAAGCUUAA